AUUUUACACAAAUAACUGAGAAUAUGAGGCCAAUACUGAUGAAGGGGCACGAGAGGCCAUUGACGUUUCUGAAGUAUAAUAGGGAAGGGGAUCUGCUCUUCUCCUGCGCCAAAGACCACACUCAUGUUUGGUUCGCUGAUAAUGGCGAGCGACUCGGCACCUACCGAGGCCAUAACGGCGCUGUUUGGUCCUCCGAUAUUUCCAGGGAUUCAACAAGGCUUAUAACUGGAAGUGCAGACCAGACAGCAAAGCUAUGGGAUGUUCAAACUGGAACUCAGCUUUACACCUUCAAUUUUGAUUCCCCAGCUAGGUCUGUUGAUUUUGCAGUUGGUGAUAAGUUGGCAGUGAUCACCACUGACCCUUUUAUGGGAUUAACUCCCGCUAUUCACAUCAAGCGCAUAGCAAGAGACCCCGGUGACCAUAAGUAUCGAACUGGUGAAUCUGUUGUCAUUCUCAAGGGGCCCCAGGGAAGAAUCAACAGAGCAGUUUGGGGACCUCUGAAUAAGACAAUAAUAAGUGCCGGUGAAGAUGCUGUAAUUCGUAUCUGGGAUUGUGAGACAGAGAAAUUACUGAAAGAGUCUGACAAGGAAGAUGGCCACAAAAAACCCAUUACAUCACUUUCAAAAUCUAAUGACUGUUCACAUUUCCUCACUGGUUCCCUAGAUAAAUCUGCCAAGCUUUGGGACGCAAGAACUUUGACACUCAUCAAGACGUAUGUAACUGAAAGCCCAGUGAAUGCAGUUGCAAUGUCUCCACUUCUUGACCAUGUUGUUCUUGGAGGUGGCCAGGAUGCAUCAGCUGUCACCACCACAGAUCACCGUGCUGGAAAGUUUGAAGCCAAAUUCUACAACAAGAUCCUUCAAGAAGAAAUAGGUGGCGUCAAAGGCCACUUUGGACCGAUAAAUGCAUUGGCAUUUAAUCCUGAUGGAAAAAGUUUCUCGAGUGGCGGUGAAGAUGGAUAUGUGCGAUUGCAUCACUUUGAUCAAGAUUAUUUCAACAUCAAGGUUUAAGUGUACGCAAAGGAGUGCAGAAAUUGUCUAUUAGUUGUUUAUUUAUGUUAUAAUCAUUAGAGCAGAAGUGCUGUGUAGGAUAGAUCAUCCACAUUUUAUACAAGUUCUACCGUUCAUUAAACGUAUCACUUAGUGUCACUUAGAUUGGUGUUGGGUGUUGUGGCACCAGUGAUGUUAGAUAGUAUCAUUCUUUUUUUUCUUUUUUUUUUUAUUUGUUGCUCAUCCAGUUGGUAUCAAACUCCUUUCUUGGUCAAAUACAUCCCAAGUCAUUAAAUGCUGACAGUGGUAUGUAUUCAAAUUUUAUAGACAAUGAGUGAGUCGUAGCAAC